AUGGUUGCAGCCAUUGGUCAAUAUGGGCCACAUUUUCCCAUUCCAAGCUAUCAUGACAUAAAAGUUCCACUCCUGAAGAAGGAAGUUGAAUACACUGAAAAUUUGAUGAAAGGCCACAGGGAGAAAUGGGUCAAGUAUGGUUGUACUAUUAUGUCUGAUGCAUGGACUGAUCGAAAACAAAGAUGCAUCAUUAAUUUUUUUAUUAACUCUCAAGCUGGUAUCAUGUUUUUGAAGUCUGAUGAUGGCUCUAAUUUUGUAAAGACAGGUGAAAAGCUUUUUGAGUUACUUGAUGCUAUUGUGGAGGAAGUUGGAGAAAAGAAUGUUGUUCAAGUUGUAAAUGAUACUGGGAGCAACUAUGUUUUAGCGAGUAAGUUGUUGGAGGAAAAAAGGAAACAUAUUUAUUGGACUCCUUGUGCAGCUCAUUGUAUUGAUUUGAUGCUUGAAGAUAUUGGGAAGCUUCCCUUGACAAGGAAGACAAUUAGAAGGUCAAUUAAUCUAGUUGGGUUUAUCUAUGCCCAUUCUAGUACCUUGAGCUUGUUGAGAAAUUUUUCUAACAAGAGGGGAUUUGUGAGACAUGCUAUUACUAGAUUUGCCACUUCUUAUCUAACCUUGGAAAGGCUCCACAAAGAGAAAGCCAAUAUUAGAAAGAUGUUUACUUCUGAUGAAUGGAUCUUAAACAAGUUAUCUAAGGAGCCUAAGGGGAAUGAAGCUGCAAAGGUAGUGCCUAUGCCUUCUUUUUGGAAUAGUGUGGUUUACACUCUUAAAGUCAUGGCUCCACUUGUCAAAGUGCUUCGUCUUGUGGAUGGUGAAAGGAAACCAGCCAUGGGCUAUACUUAUGAAGCAAUGGACAAGGCAAAAGAAACAAUUAUCAAGUCUUUCAACAACAAUGAAAGCAAGUACAAAGAUGUGUUUGCAAUCAUUGAUAAAAGAUGGAAUUGUCAGCUUCAUAGGCCAUUACAUGCAGUUGCCUACUUCUUAAAUCCAGAGUUCUUUUAUGGCAACACUGAUUUGGAGUUUGAUUUUGAGCAAAGAUAUAAUGCAAGAGAUGAAAUUGAUCCAAUUUCUCUUAAUGAUAUUGAUGUGUGCAAUGAAUGGCUCGUGGGAGAGAUGGAUGAAGAUGAUGAUAAUGAUGUUGUAAAUGAUUUGGUAUUUGAAGAUGAUGAUGCACUAAAUUGGGCAACUAUGUAUGAGGCUUCGGGGGUAGGAAAAAUAGUCCAAGAAAAUGAUGAGGAUCUAGAGUUUGAGGAGGAUAUUGAACUUGAAUCUGAAGAAGAAGAAAUCAUGGUUAAUUUUGAGGCGUCUGAUGGAGAAGAGGGAGAGGGAGAUGCUCCACUACCUUAUGACAACAACGAAGAUAAUUAUGUUGGGAUUGGAGAAGAUGAUUAG